AUGCGUGCUGAUGUCCAUCCUCUUCAGUCUUAUGUUCUCUGCCAUGCUGAUGGACGCCUACCGCGACAAACGCCCCGGGAUCCGCAUCGCCUACAGGACGGACGCUCACCUUCAGGACCAACGACUGAUGCACUUCGAAUCGCGUGUAUCCACAACCACUGUUCACGAACUUCUUUUCGCCGACAACUGUGCCUGAUCACCACCUCGGAAGAGGAGAUGCAACGGAGCAGGAAACUGUUCUUCGCCGCCUGCGAGAACUUCGGAAUGGUCAUUAACACUCAGAACACGGUGGUCAUGCAUCAACCGCCACCCAACACAGCCACAAUCCCCAACGCGCCGCAACUCAGCGUGAACGGAACCCAACUGCAAGUGGUGGAGAAAUUCCCGUACCUGGGCAGUACCCUCUCCCGCAACAUCAAGAUCGAUGACGAAGUCGCCAACAGGAUCUCGAAAGCCUAUCAAGCCUUCGGCCGCCUCCAAAGCACAGUUUGGAAUCGUCACGGUCUUCAACUGAGCACGAAGCUGAAGAUGCACAAGGUUGUCAUCCUGCCGACGCUGCUGUACGGAGAGGAGACUUGGACGGUGUACACAAAGCAGACACGCCGUCUGAACCUCUUCCACCUCAGUUGUCUUCGUCACAUCCUGAGGCUGAACUGGCAGGAUCGAAUCUCCGACACUGAUGUGCUGGAACGGAUGGGAAUCCUCAGCAUCUACACCAUGCUGAGACAAAUGCAGUUGUGUUGGAGUGGCCACCUGGUGCGCAUGGACGACGAGGGACUACCCAAACGACUCUUCUACGGAGACGUUGAGACGGGCUCUCGCCGCCAAGGCGGCCAAAUUCGUAGAUACAAAGAUACGCUGAAGUCCUCCCUGAAGCGCCUUCAAAUCAACACGGCCAACUGGGACGAGCUCGCACUCGACCGACCGACCUGGACGAGGACUGUGAAGACAGGCGUUGCGAUCUACGAAGCCAACCGAAUCGCCGCCGCCAAAAUGAAACGCAAAGCACGCAAAUCACAGCUACACCCAGUCCGCAACGCCAACACACAACCGAUUCCAACGUAUCCUCGAUGCCAACGGACAUUCUGGGGGCGAAUUAGACUUAUUUCACAGCUUCGGAUCAACUGCACCUCCCGGACCGCACCAGCCGUCGUCCCUCCGCCCGCCUCUUCCCCAUCCUCUCCGUCGUCAACUAA